GGAAUACCGAGUCUAUAAAAUAUAAUGGGGAGAGAGGCGCCAUCAAGGAAUGGGGUUCGGAUUCUUACUUCAAACGCACAUGAAAGACAACUUUAGGCAGUUGCGUUGAAAAAGGUGAUAGCCUACUUCUAAAAUAAGAUAUCGGAUUAGUAACAAUAAUGAGUUGUGAAAGAACUUGGUUUUCAGUCGUCCUCAACAUGACAGUGGAGUAGAUCUUAAAACUUUGAAAUCUUCUCAUUAUAUACAACAACGACGAAAUAUUCAAUUAUUUUAAAACAUUCAGAGGUCGACCGGAUUAUUUACCUGGAAGUAUAAACUGAAUGGAAAACAAAAUCAAAGUGAUGGAGUUCACCAAAAUCCAGCGGACAAGGAAAUCAUCCGAGAACUCGAGGCGCGUGGAAUUAAAACAGUCAUCUAGAAGCGGGAGAAUAGCCUCUAAUUCUACACCUGCUACCUCCAGGAUUUACGUACAUUUCUUUUUACUUCUUUUGAUAUUCACACCGAGAGUGGACUCAUCCUGGUGGUACAUAGGGGCUCUGGGCGCCCGGGUGAUCUGUGACAACAUUCCGGGCCUGGUGAACAAGCAGCGACAGCUGUGCCAACGGCACCCGGACCUCAUGCGCUCCAUCGGGGAGGGUGCCAAGGAGUGGAUCCGCGAGUGCCAGCACCAGUUCCGCCACCACCGCUGGAACUGCAGCACGCUCGACCGAGACCACACAGUCUUUGGCCGAGUCAUGCUCCGCAGCAGUCGUGAGGCCGCAUUUGUGUACGCCAUCUCGUCCGCUGGGGUGGUCUAUGCCAUUACCCGGGCCUGCAGCCAGGGGGAGUUAAAGAUAUGCAGCUGUGACUCUCACAAGAGGGGUCGCGCUAGCGAUGACAAGGGCGACUUCGACUGGGGCGGCUGUAGCGACAACAUCAACUACGGCAUCAAGUUCGCUAAGAAUUUCGUGGAUGCCAGGGAGAGGAUGGUCAAAGAUGCCAGGGCACUGAUGAAUCUCCACAACAAUCGCUGUGGAAGGAUGGCAGUAAAACGCUUUAUGAAGCUCGAGUGCAAGUGCCAUGGGGUGAGUGGAUCAUGUGCGCUCAGGACGUGCUGGCUGGCCAUGUCAGACUUCCGGCGCACCGGGGACUACCUGAGGAAGAAGUACAACACGGCCGUAGAGGUCACCAUGAACCAGGAUGGGACAGGGUUCACAGUGGCAGACAAAGACUUCAAGGGAAACACCAAGAAUGACUUGGUGUAUGUGGAGCAUUCGCCAGACUAUUGUCUAUUGGACAGGGCAGCAGGCUCUCUGGGCACAGCAGGCAGGGUGUGCAACAAGUCGUCCCGGGGGAUGGACGGCUGUGAGGUCAUGUGCUGCGGCCGGGGGUACGACACCACGCGCAUGAAGAGCGUCACCAAGUGCGAGUGCAAGUUCAAGUGGUGCUGUGCCGUGGAGUGCAAAGACUGCGAGGACCUCGUGGACGUCCACACCUGCAAGCCUCACAAGCGGCCUGACUGGCUGGACCUCACCUGAGCGCUCGCCUCCCCUUACGUUUCAGUCCCCCCCCCUUUCUCCUUCUCUCUCAGGACUUUGAUUUGUGUUUUCAAAGUGGGACAAUGCAUUCUGGGAUAUGUAGUGUAUACCUCUAAUCCUCCAGACUCCAACUUGCACCUCUUAGCGCGGCUUUUGGCACAACUUUUUUUUUCUGACUGCCCCUAACUAAGCACUGAAAGAAAAGAAAAAAAAAGCAUCUAUGGGCUCGUUUGGAUAAAAGAGAGUGCUUUGAGAGAGUUGUGUAGGUAGGUGUUGUGGCAUGCAGAAGUGGCCUUUUCUGAAGUCAGUGUUUUGGUUUAAAAGGGUGAGAACUAAUCGGCGGAACUCAAAGGGUUCUGUAUUUGGGAGUGUGUACUUUGAUCUCAGACAAGGACGUGCUUUUACUGCUUGCAGAUGGCUGAAGACACUUUCCCAGUGGACACUGAAGCAUGUAGAAUGGCGGAACGCAAUACUUGUGUUUGAUGUGUAAUCCAUAUUUGUGAGGCCUCUCGGUCUCGAAAUUAGAGUAUACCUUUGUGCUCUGCCCAACCUGUGACUUCAGGAUGGAAAGUUAAGGUCACAAAGAAAAGAAUCUUGAAUGACAGACGGAAUUAAGCUAAUUGCAGAUGUCAUAAUUUGUUAAAAGUGAGGUACUUGUGUGUUUCCCCUGUAAUACAAAUACUACACACGCCAACGGGAUGUUUGGUUAGCAAUGACCAGAAUACUGAGAUUAUGUUGUGCGGUCAAAGGUCUAAGCAAAGAGGAGAGAGCAUUAUAUCACCGAUACAGCUGUGUAGAGUUAUUAGGUCACCCCUGGAUUCUUCUGUAAAUAGUAUCUGUGCUCCAAAUAUAGCUAAUGCAGAUCUGUUCUGGGUUCACGUGAUAGGUCUUGUAACUGUAUUAUGAUGAAGGUAAGACCACUGCAUAUCUAAAGCACUUGAUUCACUAUCUCUGAGCAACAUCAUAAUAUGAAGAGCACUGUCAUCAUUUUUUUUACCCCUUUCUUACAAUUGAUAACUCCUUGAUUGGAUUUUGAAAAUAACAAUCAAAUGUUAUUAAUGAUUAAAAUUGUUUGUCACUGGAUUGAAAUGUACUAUAUAUAUGAUAUACUGUAUAUGUAUAAACAUUUAUAUAUUUAUCAUAACUGUGAACAAAAGAGCUUUAUAUGAACAGAUGGGUUAAGGUUCAUUUGUUAUGUUGAGGUGAGUUAC